GCAGGUGAUAUUUAUUAUGAAUCGAAUAUUUUUGAGUCUGCUGCAGAUUGUUACUCUAAUUGUGAGGAGUGGGAGAAGGCUGGUGAAAGUUAUAAAAAAGCAAAUAAAUAUGCAAAAGCAGUUAUUGCGUAUAAAAAUGGUGGAAAUUAUGAUACUGUAGUUGACUUGAUGCAAAGGCAAAAAAUUGAUGAUAAAACACUUCGCCGUAUUAGUCGUUUUGUCAACAUCCAUUAUCGUCGUGAAGAUAAUAAGGAAAUGUGCGAAAAGGCUUUUCAUAUUAUCCCAACAGAGGAAGAACAAAUAGAAUUUCUGGCAGACCAUGCCCCAGAAGAGCUCAAGAAAAACUAUGUGAAAAAAAAACGGUUUCAUGAUGCCGGUGAAUUCUUACGUUCACGCGGAAAUUUUGAAGAAGCAGCCCUUAUGUUUAGUCGCUCUACUAACAUCAAGGAUAUUAUUGAGUCAUUAAG